UCUGCAGAUGACUUCGUCAACCAUUUUGAAAAGAAGGUCGACGACAUCCGAUCCUCGUUUGCUAAGUCAAACGACACCGCUGGUUCUGCUCACACUGCCCUACCCUGUGCUCUGACCUCUUUCUCCCCUCUCUCUCCAGAUGAAAUCUCGCGUCUUGUGACGGCCGGCCGCCCAACAACCUGCCCGCUUGACCCGAUCCCCUCCUCUCUUCUCCAGACCAUUUCCGGAGAACUUCUCCCUUACCUCACCUCGCUCAUCAACUCAUCCCUGACCGCUGGCUACGUCCCUUCCGUCUUCAAGAGAGCGAGAGUUGCACCCCUUCUGAAAAAACCUACACUCGAUCCCUCCGAUGUCAACAACUACAGACCAGUAUCCCUUCUUUCUUUUCUCUCCAAAACUCUUGAACGUGCCGUCCUUGGCCAGCUCUCCCGCUAUCUCUCUCAGAAUGACCUUCUUGAUCCAAAUCAGUCAGGUUUCAAGACUAGUCAUUCAACUGAGACUGCUCUUCUCUGUAUCACGGAGGCGCUCCGCACUGCUAAAGCUAACUCUCUCUCCUCUGCUCUCAUCCUUCUAGACCUAUCGGCUGCCUUCGAUACUGUGAACCAUCAGAUCCUCCUCUCCACCCUCUCCGAGUUGGGCAUCUCCGGCGCGGCCCACGCUUGGAUUGUGUCCUACCUGACAGGUCGCUCCUACCAGGUGGCGUGGCGAGAAUCUGUCUCCUCACCACGCGCUCUCACCACUGGUGUCCCCCAGGGCUCUGUUCUAGGCCCUCUCCUAUUCUCGCUAUACACCAAGUCACUUGGCUCUGUCAUAACCUCACAUGGUCUCUCCUAUCAUUGCUAUGCAGACGACACACAAUUAAUCUUCUCCUUUCCCCCUUCUGAUGACCAGGUGGCGAAUCGCAUCUCUGCAUGUCUGGCAGACAUAUCAGUGUGGAUGACGGAUCACCACCUCAAUCUGAACCUCUGCAAGACGGAGCUGCUCUUCCUCCCGGGGAAGGACUGCCCGUUCCAUGAUCUCGCCAUCACGGUUGACAACUCCAUUGUGUCCUCCUCCCAGAGCGCUAAGAACCUUGGCGUGAUCCUGGACAACACCCUGUCGUUCUCAACUAACAUCAAGGCGGUGGCCCGUUCCUGUAGGUUCAUGCUCUACAACAUCCGCAGAGUACGACCCUGCCUCACACAGGAAGCGGCGCAGGUCCUAAUCCAGGCACUUGUCAUCUCCCGUCUGGAUUACUGCAACUCGCUGUUGGUUGGGCUCCCUGCCUGUGCCAUUAAACCCCUACAACUCAUCCAGAACGCUGCAGCCCAUCUGGUGUUCAACCUUCCCAAGUUCUCUCACGUCACCCCGCUCCUCCGCUCUCUCCACUGGCUUCCAGUUGAAGCUCGCAUCCACUACAAGACCAUGGUGCUUGCCUACGGAGCUGUGAGGGGAACGGCACCUCAGUACCUCCAGGCUCUGAUCAGGCCCUACACCCAAACAAGGGCACUGCGUUCAUCCACCUCUGGCCUGCUCGCCUCCCUACCACUGAGGAAGUACAGUUCCUGCUCAGCCCAGUCAAAACUGUUCGCUGCUCUGGCCCCCCAAUGGUGGAACAAACUCCCUCACGACGCCAGGACAGCGGAGUCAAUCACCACCUUCCGGAGACACCUGAAACCCCACCUCUUUAAGGAAUACCUAGGAUAGGAUAAAGUAAUCCUUCUCACCCCCCCUCCCCUUAAAAGAUUUAGAUGCACUAUUGUAAAGUGGCUGUUCCACUGGAUGUCAUAAGGUGAAUGCACCAAUUUGUAAGUCGCUCUGGAUAAGAGCGUCUGCUAAAUGACUUAAAUGUAAAUGUAAAUGUAAUGUAAUGUACUGGGCUUUCUCUCAGUACUGGGCUUUCUCUCAGUCCCGGGCUGCCCCUCAGUCCCGGGCUGCCCCUCAGUCCCGGGCUUCCCCUCAGUCCCAGGCUGCCCCUCAGUCACGAGCUGCUCCUCAGUUCUGUGGGGUUCUGGGUGAGGACUAGUAGGCCAUGGUCGGCGGCAAGGGUGGAUUAUCCCAGAACGCGAAGGGGAGGAACUAGGACAAUAAUGGAGUGGGGGCCACGUCCUGAGCCGGAACCGCCACCAUGGACAGACGCCCACCCGGACCCUCCCUAUGGUUUUGAGUCUGCAAUGAUCUCAUUGAGCAGCCGGAGACACUCCACUCCCUCGUUGUUGGCUUCCAGCUCUACGUAGAACUCAGAGAAGUUGGAGAUGGAGGCGAACAUGACGGCCACACACUCACAGGACUGGUAGUAGAGCU